CGGAAGCUGCAGUGAUCGACCACGAGCAACGCAUAGCCAAGGAACGACAGUCUGGCGAAAGCAUUGACGUCGGCGCCGGAUGAAGUUUGGGAAGCAAUUGGAGCUCACUGCAAACGUGCAGUGGCGCCAGUACUAUGUGCAGUACAAGAAGCUGAAGCGCCUCAUCAAGCGCGUCGCGUUUGAGGUCGAACGGGGCCAGCGAAAGCAGGAAAAGGUCGAGAAAAUGUUCAAGACGCAAGGCAUUGCGGACUUGCCACGCCCGCCAAACGUUGCUUCGUAUUCUUCUACUGAAUCGUUGUCGCUCACGACCAGUGGGAUGAGCAAGGCGAGAGUUGGCCAAGGGGAAGCAAACGAGUCGACGCCGCUGCUGUCCCCUCAGACGGACUUGAACCUUGCCAACAUUGAGGAUGCCAAGCGCGAGUUUUGGGAAAUGACCAACGCCAACAUUGCCGAGGCCAACGCGUUUUACCGCAGCAAAGUGACGCACCUGGCCAAGAUUGUGAAGGACUUUGAGAGCAUGCUGCGCGACGAAGACAAGGCGACCCAUGGCCACGUCAGCUCCAAGCCACGCACGACGUCCCACGAAGUGGACCGAGGGUUUGCCGGAAUCCAAGAUUGCUACGACACGCUAAUCGACUUGAAGCAGUUUGUCAACUUGAACCACACGGGGUUCCGAAAGAUCGUGAAAAAGUUCGACAAAACAACGGGCGCUAGCACGCUUGACACGUUCAUCAAGCAACUGAAUCACGAGGACUUUUACUCUUCGAAUGACAUCGACGCCCUCUUGGAUCGUCUCUUUGCCAUGACGUCCAAGGACAAACUUGAAGCGGGCAACUUGGAACAGCGCAUGAAGCGCCAGCAAGGGAACCAAGACUCCCUUCUCCGAAAGGUGAAACUCAUGCCGUUUUGCAUUUCGUGCGUGAUAUUCGUGCUCUUGCUGGCCGUGCCUAUUCCCGGUCAAAAGGAAGUGCAACAGCGGUGCUUGGCUAUGCUCGUCUUCAUCACGUCGUUGUGGGUGUCGGAAGCCCUGCCUUACUUUGCCACGUCGUUGCUCGUGCCCGUUCUCGUGGUGUUUUUGCGCAUCUUGAACGACAAGCAGCACCCAGCGAAUCUGUUGGAUGCCAAGGGCGCUGCCAAGGAGGUCACGUCGCUGAUGGUGAACCACACAACCAUCUUGAUCAUGGGAGGGUUUUCGAUUUCGGCGGCGUUGUCCAAGUGCCAAAUUGAGUUGUACAUCGCGGCUUUUUUGCAACGCCGAUUCAAAAAGAGCCCGCGGCUGUUUUUACUCGCGAUCAUGCUCAUGGGCCUCUUCCUCUCGAUGUGGAUCAACAACCACACCGCCCCGGUGCUCUGCGUUUCGGUGCUUCUUCCGAUCAUCCGAGAUUUCCCGCAGCACAGCUCGUACGUCAAGACAUUGCUCAUUGGCCUUGCCUUUGCGUGCAACUUGGGUGGCAUGAUGACUCCCAUUGCGUCCUUGCAGAACACACUGGCGCAAUCGUAUCUUGAAAAGGCGGGAUAUGUCGUCUCGUUUGGGCAGUGGAUGAUGAUAGCUGUGCCAUUUUGCGUCCUCUCAACCAUCUUGUGCUGGUUCUUCCUCCUCUGGGCGUUCAACCCGGCGGACGUCAAGUACAUUCCCCAAAUCGUGUACGAUCAAAAGCAACGAGUGAACCAAGUCCACGUCGCUGUGGUGUUGCUCACUGUGUCGACCAUCGUGCUUUGGGCGCUGUUUACGUUCAUCGCGCCAACUGUGGGGGACAUGUCGAUCAUCUCGCUCAUCCUGAUGGUGCUCGGAACACGCGUGUGCAUAUCGUGUUUUGACGUGGUUGUGUGUAGGUCACCCUGUUUGGGACUGGCAUCCUGAGUCAGUUUGACUUCAACUCGUUUUCGUGGCACAUCUUGUUUCUCAUCGGCGGCGGCAGUGUCUUGGGCGAGGCUGUUCAACGAUCUGGCCUGCUGGAGACGUUGAGUCAUUCGCUGAUCCAAGCACUUCCCAGCGGAAGCGUGUGGCUCACGACGCUGUUGCUGUGCAUGUUGGUUCUUGGACUCACAACGUUCAUUUCGCACACGGUGGCGUCGUUGAUUCUGCUGCCCAUCAUUGUACAACUCAGCAUCGAAGUUGGACAACCUCAUAUCCCUGUGAUCAGUUGCGCUCUCGCCAUAUCUGCAGCCAUGGGUUUGCCCUUCGCAUCGUUUCCGAACAUCAACUCUUUGCUGGUGUUGGACGAUCAUGGCGAGCCCUACCUGGAAGUCCAGGACUUCUUGAAAGUCGGCCUCGUUUUUUCGCUCUUUACAGUGGCUCUCAUCGUGUCACUGGGGUACUGGCUCAUCCUUUUCGUCCUUGGAGCGAGCAUUGUACCCGUCUAAUCCAGUGGAUUUGAUCGCACACACACCAUGAUAAGUCUCCGGGCAUGAGCUGUGGAAUGCAAUGUUGUCGCUGCGUGGGAGAAUUACUUGGACAGUAAUGUGCUCUCUGUACAUCGUGUGUU